CCUCAAUUUCUCUUCGGCUGCCUCAGUCUGCGUUCGUUUUUGAAACAGUCAACAUCUUUCGGUGCUAUAGCGAUAAUGGCUCAGGAUCCGAAACCACUGUAUUUUGCCGUGGGUCCCGGCCCCAACGACAUCACCUGUCCCUAUUGCAGGACCAAGGCCAAGACCCGUGUGGUGCGAUCCUGGCUGCGUUGCUGCACCAAGAGGCAUCACUGUGGUGCCUGCGGCGAGUACCUGGGCGUAUACCGCCGUCCACAACUUUAGAUGUCAUCGGACAGAAUAAUUAUAGCAAGAGGAGCGAUGUAACUCAGUUUUGUAAUGCUAUUUAAAUACCAUAAAACACACUGUUUUUAAGCGAAUAAAAAUUGUAAUCAAAACUUA